AUGACCCGUUGGUUCGAUGCGACGGAUCCGCGAGACAAGGUUUUUGCGCUCGUUGGCCUGACAAGCGACCUCGACAAGAGCUUUGUGGACUACUCGAAAAGCUACGAAGACGUGAUGAAGGAGCUGAAUAUCAUGCUUCUGGAUGGCGGGAUCGAGCCCACUAUGGGUAGCGUGUUCGACAUCUGGUCAUUACUCACAAGAGAAGAGGAUGAGGAGAUCACAGAGCCAAGCUGGGUGGUGGAUUUGUUCAAGGCUCGGUACUCCAUGUCCACGGCUAUGGUCACAGGGUAUCCUUCAAUGGAGCCCGAGAUUGAACGCAAGCCAGAGAUACAUUUUCCGACGGAAGAUGGGGAUGAGUCUCUCCACGUCUGCGGUACUGUUUUCGAUACGAUAACGCAGACGGCCCCAUUUCCAAAAUUCAUGAGCGAGGUCGAAUUACGCAACACCAACGAUUUACAAAACAUUUCCAGCUAUCGCGAGUGGAUCCUCCGCGUGGGAGCACUGAUGCAACGACCCGACGACACUGAUACUGACGGCAUCUACCGGGCUACCGGCGAAUCCCAUUACGAAGCUUUCUGGCGCACACUAUGCUGCAACCGCACCUCCUUCAGCGCAUACGACCCACCCGAAGAUGGAAGCGGCUACGACGCAUAUCUCGCCCAUCUUCGCGUUCUCGAAUUGCAACUCGGCUACGAACACACUAAAUCGAAGGCUUGGUAUCUCGGUAUCGCUACAGCGUUCUCCUCAAGUCUGAGCUACUGUUUCCGGAGGCGGAACUGGUUUCUGCGAUUCGCGGUACCACUCGCCGUUCCGCUCCUAGCUCACAUGUACAACAUCGCUUGGAGUAAAAACUGGGCUGUCCUUCAAGGCCAGCUACAAUCUCAUCAAAGAGACUUUGAGUCAAUGCAUAUGCAAUGGAUACAGGGGCGACAGUUUGCCAUCACGAAAAUGGGGUUGAUUGGGUUGGUGCCGAUCUCGGCCAGGAAUACCGUAUGUGUUAAGAAGACGUGGUGA